GCGGCGGGCAGACCUGCAGGAGGCGGCGGCGGCCUCGGCCGAGAGAAGAUGGCGGACGGUGUGGACCACAUAGACAUUUACGCGGAUGUGGGCGAAGAGUUCAACCAGGAAGCUGAAUAUGGUGGGCAUGAUCAGAUAGAUUUGUAUGAUGAUGUCAUCUCUCCAUCUGCAAAUAAUGGAGAUGCCCCAGAAGACCGUGAUUACAUGGAUACUCUCCCACCAACUGUUGGUGAUGAUGUGGGUAAAGGAGCAGCACCAAAUGUUGUCUAUACAUAUACUGGCAAGAGAAUUGCAUUGUAUAUUGGAAAUCUAACAUGGUGGACAACAGAUGAAGACUUAACUGAAGCAGUUCAUUCUUUGGGAGUAAAUGAUAUUUUGGAGAUAAAAUUUUUUGAAAAUCGGGCAAAUGGCCAGUCAAAGGGGUUUGCCCUUGUUGGGGUUGGAUCUGAAGCAUCCUCAAAAAAGUUAAUGGAUCUGUUGCCUAAAAGAGAACUUCAUGGUCAGAAUCCUGUUGUAACUCCAUGCAAUAAACAGUUCCUGAGUCAAUUUGAAAUGCAGUCCAGGAAAACUACACAAUCAGGACAAAUGUCUGGGGAAGGUAAAGCUGGUCCUCCAGGAGGCAGUUCACGUGCAGCAUUUCCACAAGGUGGUAGAGGACGGGGCCGUUUUCCAGGGGCUGUUCCCGGUGGGGACAGAUUUCCUGGACCAGCAGGACCAGGAGGGCCACCCCCACCUUUUCCAGCUGGACAGACUCCACCACGUCCACCCUUAGGUCCUCCAGGCCCACCUGGUCCACCGGGUCCUCCACCUCCUGGUCAGGUUCUGCCUCCUCCUUUAGCUGGGCCUCCUAAUCGAGGAGAUCGCCCUCCACCACCAGUUCUUUUUCCUGGACAACCUUUUGGGCAGCCUCCAUUGGGUCCACUUCCUCCUGGCCCUCCACCUCCAGUUCCAGGCUACGGCCCCCCUCCUGGUCCGCCACCUCCACAACAGGGACCACCUCCACCUCCAGGCCCCUUUCCACCUCGCCCACCUGGCCCUCUUGGGCCACCCCUUACACUUGCUCCUCCUCCGCAUCUUCCUGGACCACCUCCAGGUGCCCCACCACCAGCUCCACAUGUGAACCCGGCUUUCUUUCCUCCACCGACUAACAGCGGCAUGCCUACUUCAGAUAGCCGGGGUCCACCACCAACAGAUCCAUAUGGCCGACCCCCACCGUAUGAUAGGGGUGACUAUGGGCCUCCUGGAAGGGAAAUGGAUACUGCAAGAACGCCAUUGAGUGAAGCUGAGUUUGAAGAAAUCAUGAAUAGAAAUAGGGCAAUCUCAAGCAGUGCUAUUUCAAGAGCUGUGUCUGAUGCCAGUGCUGGUGAUUAUGGGAGUGCUAUUGAGACAUUGGUAACUGCAAUUUCUUUAAUUAAACAAUCCAAAGUAUCUGCUGAUGAUCGUUGCAAAGUUCUUAUUAGCUCUUUGCAAGAUUGCCUUCAUGGAAUUGAAUCCAAGUCUUAUGGUUCUGGAUCAAGACGUGAACGAUCAAGAGAGAGGGACCAUAGUAGAUCACGAGAAAAGAGUCGGCGUCAUAAAUCCCGUAGUAGAGAUCGUCAUGAUGAUUAUUAUAGAGAGAGAAGCAGAGAACGAGAGAGACACCGGGACCGGGACCGAGAUCGGGACCGAGAACGGGACCGAGAGCGCGAGUAUCGUCAUCGUUAGAAGAAGCUGAAGGAAGAGGAACACCUUCCAAGACAAAACAGUCUUCAUGGGGGAAAAAUGACGCUUGUCCAGCAGUUUGCUUCUUGUGAUUGAACUGAACCUGUAAGGAUUCAUGGAUAAAAUGAACAGGAAUAGAUCUGAAUAAAGCAAAUCUGCAUAAAUGGUAACCAGUAGCUCUACUUUUAUUUUUUAUGUUGCUUAACUGUUUUAUUUGAAGGAAACCUGUGUGAUUUAAAAAGUUAUAGCUUUUGCAACUUUAUUACUGGUUAUAUACAUUUGGCCAUUAUAAUGUGCAAGCAAUUGGAAAAAAACGUCAAGUAAAUGCUUGUUUUUAUAGUAGUUUGUUCUUGUUAAAAAUGUUCAUAUGAUAAUGUCUGUAAACAGCACCACUUUGAUUACAAUAGAUGUAGUGUUGUAAUAAACUGUUUAAUGGGGCUGAUGUGUAAAGCUGUUCAAGUUAUUUGAUGUUUACACCUCAGGGAAAGUCUUGUGUUCAGCAAUAUCUAAAGAUAAUGUUACUAUGACAUUUAUACUGUCCUUUAAAAAAGCAUUGCAAUAGCGUUUUUGGAUAUGCACCAAUCUAAUCUUGCGUUCAGUGAAUUAAACAUACUAAUUAAGUGUCUCUUGCCCUUGAUUUUGAUAUUAGAAUAGGUGAUUACAUGGAUAUUUAAUAUUUCUAUAUUCUGCUUUUCUAGCUGUUUUUACCUAGUUAGCUUGUGAUUUUGCUGAAUGGUAUGUAAACUUGUAAAAUUUCACAGACAUAGCAAUCCAGUCAAUGUGUUAGGGGUCAAAAAAAAUUUUGUGGUUUUAACAUUUUAGUAAAAACCCAGACGUUAUUUGCUACAGUAAUGCAGCUUAAUUACAACACAGAUGUACUGAAACGCUUAAUUGUAAACUGCUAGCAUUGAAGAAAUAUUUUGACAAUUCUGAUUUGAUGCGGCAGUUAUUUGCUGUUUUAUAUUAAUAGUGCUUAUGGUUUAUUUUUGAAGCCAUAGGCAGUGUAAAUACAGCCGUGCAGCAGACAAAUGUGAGUAAGGAGAGCAUUAGUUUUUAUUUUCUCGUUACUGUAGAUUUUGGAAGGGCGUGAUGCUUACUAAUACUGAGUUGUAUUCUCCUGUAUGUGUAAUGGGUGAUUAUAGGUGUACCCUGUCACCACAGUUUAAGGAAUCUUGUGUGUAUUCAUGCAACCUUUUGAUUCAUGCUAGAGUUACCUAAUCAAAGAUUUUUUCAAGUCUGCCUUGCAUAUAGGCCCACAUUAAAAGCACUUGGCUAGCAUGUGUUCUUAAUUGCAAAAUUAGCAUAGGCAGAGUGUCAACUUGAUUAGAUACUUUUAUAGGAAGAUCAUUCGGAAUCACUAUUUCAGAAAUAUGAGUUGAAUUCCUAAACAAAUUAAUUUGUUUUUAAGAUCUGAUUGUUUUUGAGCAAUCUGGUAAUACACAUUGGUUUUUUAAAAAUAUACCCAAAUUUUAGGGCAAUGCUUAAAAGUAUUUAGGUACCCUGGAUAUUAUGUCAUGUGCAACUUGUAGAAGCCCUCCAGAGAUUUGCACUGCAGUUCUUUCAUUUUGUCCGCUAUCACACUAGUUCUUACAAAAUUAGCUGUUUCGAGUUAUUCAUGUUAUUGCUAGUUUUAUUUUAAAACAUUUUGUGAUUUAGAGUAUUUGUGCAUGGGAUCAUUGGUGUUU